AUGCUGCCAACAUCAAGCCAAUAUGUCUAUGUGACCGACACGAACAAUUUUCCUUCGACAUUGGAAAGUAAUGGUCAAGAGUCUGUACAUGUUGUUACACCGGUGGAAGUAAUUCCCGUUGAUCCAUCAGCUCCUAUUCUUUCUAACAAAAAUCCACUGCGUCUAGUUGCAAAUAAUGGACAGUAUAUUUCCCUUGAUGGUAGUGGAAAUCCCAACGUUCAAAGGGUCGUGCAAAUUCUUAAUGCCAAGAAUAUUGUUAAGAAAGAGGGAGCUGUUAGUCUCAAUUACGAUAACAAGAACAUAGUUUGUAACGUUUAUCACGCAAAUAGGAAUCAGUUUCUUCAAGCAGCUGUUUCCCAAGCGACCGCACAGUCGUCUGCUCCUAGGCGACGUGGCCGUCGACCUGGUCGCAAAAAUAAAACUCGAGAUGAUGAUGACCCUGAUUAUGUACCGGAUUUGCCCGAGGAGCUUCUAACUUCAUAUCCGGUUCAGCACAGUCCUUCAUCUGGUCAAAUGUCUGUGUACAGUGAUCGCAAUUUCGAUCCAGAAUAUGAUGAUACUUCUGACCUAGAAAGCUAUAGCAGUUCUAUAUCGAACGAAUUUGUCUGCGAAAUAUGCUCUCGAUCAUUCCAAAAUAAGGCUGGUUUAUCUCGACACAAGAUGUUGAAACACAGUGGGAAGAAAAUUUCUGUUGGACCAAAAGUUGAUCCAGCUAGACGGGCUCAACUCAGAUACGACAAUCUCAAAUCAGCGCUUGAAAAGGCUUCUCCGCAAGAUAUAAUUGAAUUAGCUGCUCCCUAUGUAGCUCAAUAUGUGCCCCUUUGGAAUUAUCUCUUCCUUCGAACGGAGUUUGCCAAUAAACCAACAGGUGAAGUCAAUAUCUCCCAAUUGCCUGUCCCCCCACCUGAAAUGCCCUUAGUAGUAGCGGAAUAUCUUGGAUUUAUUAAUAAAUUCCGAGACAACUUUCCGAAGAUUUCUCAGCGCAUCAAGGAUGUUAAACGACCUGAUCCCAGAAGUGAUGAUGUUAAUGACCAAGAAGUUGAAAUCGAUGAGAAACUGUUAGAGAGUUUUGGACCUGGCCCCACGUGCGCCAAGAGAAGGAGAUACCUUGCUUUUAAAAAGAAACUCGAAUCUAGUAUGAAUGAUAUGAACCAGACCGUGGAUGAUGUAGAUAUUGACGGAGGUGAGACUGGAGUAGUUGAAGUUAAAGAUUCUCUUCAAUCAUAUGUGCUUGGCGUAAUCAUGGGUCGUUAUAAGUUACGACAGAAUCUCUCCUCGGGUUCGCUUCCCGCUCGUUAUGCUGCUGCUGGUUAUGGAUAUCCAGAAAUUGUAAACUUGGACGAAACGUUUCAGCAGCAAUCUCGGGAUAAGCAGGAGCAGCUAUCUCAACCUACGGAGUCUAAUUCUAACGAAAAGGAUAAGACACUAAAAUCUGCUCCUAAAAAAGCCAUGGUAAUCACUGGAGUCCAACCGGAAACUGUUGACAUGGUUCAAGAGGUAGACAACACUUCAUGUCCUGAAAUUGAAGAGCCUCAAAACAAUGUCCAACAGGCUGACGAUCAGUCUAAUACUAAUGUAGCAGAGGGUGAGCAUGUAUUUGAUGGUCCCAUUCCCGAGGAGCUAAUAGCAAAUGGAACCUACAUCCCCCUGACCCAAGGUGAUGGCGGCUCCACUGAAUAUGUAUAUCAUUUUCAAAAUGGCUAUGUGUAUAAUCGGAGAACCGGGCGAGUGGCGACGGAAGAUGAAGUGAUUAUUUGUCCAAACCCUUCAACUGAAACUGUCUACGUCCAGGCCGUCACGGAGACAACAAGUAUACUGACAAUGCCCGAUGGUACCCAAAUUCAAGUCCAACAUGGACCUGAUGGCGUGACUUCGGAACUCUUUAAUAUGAUCCUUCAACAGUUAAGAUCUGAGGACGGUACUCAUCAGCAAUAG